UUCAGGGAAACGAACUAGUUCACUUCGGAUCACAUCGUGUGUGUGUGCCGGCUGAUAUUUCAUGGAGUUGGUUCCAAAAUGCCACCCACAUCUACAAAACUUCCUGUACGAUCCAAUAAACGUCAAAAUUUCUUCCAAAGAUUCUAUAAGAAAUAUGUAAACUUUGAAUAUGCAAAAUUUUUGAUCUUCGAUCCGGCUGCAUUGCCCAUUGUCACGGUUUUUAUAUUGUUGGCGGAAUUGGUGCUAAAUGUCUUGGUGGUAAAUCGAGUACCAUAUACGGAAAUUGAUUGGAAAGCAUAUAUGCAAGAAUGUGAAGGAUUUCUGAAUGGAACCACCGAUUAUUCCCAACUAAGAGGUGAUACGGGACCUCUGGUCUAUCCUGCUGCCUUUGUCUAUAUAUAUUCGGCGUUGUAUUUCAUUACAUCCCACGGAGAAAAUAUUCGUUUGGCCCAGUAUAUCUUUUGCAUCAUUUAUUUACUGCAAAUGUGGUUAGUUUUACGACUAUAUGGCAAAAGUCGUAAAGUACCACCAUAUGUCUUGGUAAUAAGUGCCUUUACCUCAUAUCGGAUUCAUUCAAUUUAUGUUCUGCGGCUAUUUAAUGAUCCUGUCGCCAUACUAUUUCUCUAUGCUGCGCUGAAUCUAUUUUUGGAUCGACGAUGGACAUGGGGUAGCAUAUGUUUCAGUAUUGGAGUCGGUUGUAAAAUGAAUAUUUUAUUAUUUGCUCCAGCCCUACUGGCAUUUUACAUUAUAAACUUGGGUGUGGUCAAAACAAUUAUACAAUUGGCAGUGUGUGGCGUCUUGCAGUUGAUAAUUGGCUUACCAUUCCUUUUGACCUAUCCCUGGUCAUAUGUCAAGGGAAGCUUUGAUUUGGGACGCGUAUUUGAACAUAAAUGGACGGUGAAUUAUAGAUUUCUACCAAGAGAAUUCUUUGAAAAUAAAUUCUUCCAUUUGAGCCUCCUGGGAAUGCACUUGCUAUUGAUAUUUGUUUUUGCCAAUCCGACGAUAAAGUAUUUUAAAAAUUAUGUACGCCUAAGGGCCUUGCAGGAUAUGCUACAACCCCAACUUACGGAACAAAAUCGAAAAUUAAAAGAAAACAAAAUGGCCAAAGCUAAGAAGACAGCUGCAGAAACCAAACCAAUUAUGGACGAUGAGGAACAAUUGACCCCAGAUCAGGAGGCUUUUCUUCACAGCUUUGAGAAAAGUUUACAGAAGGCAUCUGGUUUAAAGGCUCCCAUCAAGAAGCCAAAAGAACCAAGCCCGUCCAACGUUGAAGACAAAGUGUCAAUACAUUUUGAUCAAUGUACUCAACUGGCUUUGCUGCCAUUCUUUUUAUGCAACUUCAUCGGCGUAUUGUGCGCCCGCUCUCUGCAUUAUCAAUUCUAUGUUUGGUAUUUCCAUUCUCUGCCAUAUUUAGCUUGGUCCGCUGAAUUCAGUCUGGGUACUCGUUAUCUACUUUUGGGUCUAAUUGAGUACUGUUGGAAUACUUAUCCAAGUACCAACUUUUCUUCGUAUGUUUUACAUGUCUGUCAUUUGAUUUUGUUGUUUGGAGUGGCCCGUGCAAUGUUCAAGACCAUAAAUCAAAGUGAAACCGUACGCAAACAGCAGCAAGAACAAAAGAAGCAACAAGAAAAAACUACCAACGGUUCAAUAUCAAGUGCCAAAGGAUCAGGUCCAAAGAGCAAAAAAGCAUGAUUGAUUAAACAUCGUUUUUAAGAAUGAAAGUUAACAUUUUGUCAAAAAAUAAAAUAAAAACAAAGACCUUAAUAAAGCUUUACGAUUUUAGAAAAUGAAA